UCGAUCUUUUCUGUGUUGCUUAUAAUUCCAGACUUUAGGCUUGUGGGACACGUCAUUGAAACUUGUAACGCUGACGCGUUCGAAUGUGGAUUACGAUGUGUAAGGAACAGGAAAUGCUGGUCAUACAAUUACUAUGGUAAUAAAUUUUGUGAGCUGAACGACCAAACGUGGCACCUUAGCCCAGUGACCCUAAUACCAGCCAAUGGAUUCACAUAUUAUGGAAAGGAGAGACGAGGAUUUCACUCAUUAAAACUCGGGCGAUCUUGUAUGGACAUAAGGAGGACUGAGCAUCCCUUGAUUAACGGAGAGUACUGGAUAGACCCAGAGGGCAACGGAAACCCUAUGAAAGUCUACUGUGAUAUGACAACUCACGGAGGGGGAUGGCUUCUUAUCUUCAACAUCGUGUUCAACCACCAAGCCAACUUGCCAGUUAAGGAGGAUUACCGAGUGAUAGACAACUAUCAAAAUAACCAGACUUUAUUGACUAACAGUGCGCUUCAUAAGCUCAGAACCCACAUUCAUUUCACUCAGUUGAGAUUUCACCGCCAUAAGAAAAAUGUAAGCAACUUCCAUAUAGUUACAAAGACCGAUGAAAAAGGCGAAGCUGUAAUCCAGUACUUCACAGGUCAAACUGAGACGGUGCCGACUUCUUGUGGAUCAUUUCAGAAAAUGGAAGACGACGAUUCAGAGCUCGCCAAGAGUUGCAGCUGGUGGGGAAAAAAAAAUUCUGCAUACAGGUCUGACACAUGGGGCAUCGUGGGGAGACGUGAGUUGUACGAUGUUCCUAUGUUUAUUGGAGGAUUACAUCACUGGAUGACAAGUCCAAAAGGAGACAGAUGGGAAUGUGAUGACUUCCAUGACCCGCAACACUCUCAGUUGCAAGCUCCCCCGACUCAGGGAGAUUUCUGGAGGAUUUUUAUUCGUUGAACACCAACAAUGUAUGAUCAACUGCAUUGCACUAAAUAAAAAGCAUAUGGAAAAGCUUUUUUAUUUUAUACAUACUGGGAUUUACAAUAUGAAGUACUAUAGUUCGUGUCUGAUUGGAUGAACGAUGUAUUUUCACAGUAGCUCGCUUCCAAUCUUUGCUAUGAAAUGUGAAAAAUAUCGGUAUGUAUGAAAUAAAAACAUCAUAUCAUAGAAAGUACUUGAACGAUUCUUGUCCACUCGUUUCGUGAAUAAGAAUCUUUUGUUCGCACUUCCCAUGGAAUAAUCUCCAAUAUAUUACGGUCGGUAUUAUGCCAGCGUAAGCCUAUGUAGUUGCUGCUAACUUAUUGAAAUGAGUUGAUACUGACAUUUAGUGAACAUAAGCAUUUCAUUGCUCUGUUCUGGAUCUGACUUUAAAUAGAAGGCAACAUCGAGAAAACCAUAGUGUAAUUAGCCGAGACAAACCAGAGUGCACAAUAUUCAUACAAUCCCACGGAUGAAAAAAAUUUAGUUUAAUGUAAAACUAAAAUUAUAGCAUGUCGCUUCUAAACAUAAAUGAAAUGUGAUUGUGUAGUCUGAUAGUCCGGGUGAGUGUGGUCUUGAGAAGCCUGCAGUCGAUCGGUAGUUGAGACAACCUGAGCGGAGGUCAUUAUCGGUGUCAAGUAAAUAGUUGUUGUCAGUGGAAGGUACUAAGUUGAGUUGGGUGACCUUCGUUUUUCACCACUGUCUUGCAAUAAACAUAUCCGGAUUCAUGCAUUUUUUACAAUUU